AUGCCCGAAGAAGUUACGGCGAACCUGAAGGGCGUCUGGGAGGCAAAACCUGGGGUGUGUUGCUGCCAUGACAUCAUGAUGGAAGGAGUUGAUGGCGUUCGUGGUGAUUUGGUGGUUAUGCAUGGCUGCGAUGUACAUUUCCACACUGCGUACCGUUUUGGUCACCGGAAGUACCGUGCCGAGUGGGGGCAACUCCGAGCACUUCCAGCGGGGCAGUCGGAAUCCACGACCAUCCCAGCAGCCUCUUGUCCCAGUGGCACCGUUCUCGUUCCGGCGACUGACGUGGGAUACCACCAAGGUUACAUCCCGAUCGCUAAGAUGGAAGACAAGAAAUACAGAAGAUUGACUCGAGUCGGUGGUGGCACGACCACGACAGCAAAAAACGACGCCUUGCUUGAUCUAUUUGCCAUUGCCACACACACUCACACUCACUCACACACCAUCAUGCAAGUUCUGCCGGCUGGGCGAUAUUCUCCCUCUUGCAACCCAAAUGGAUCUCCUCGGCCGGAGAUGCUUGACUUCCCGACCACUCGUAAUGCGAGACCCGGUCUGGAGUUGGCGCAUCCAAACCAUGGGGACACCGAAGGGGGGCAGUUUACGGUUCAGAAUCAAGGGGUUAGUCAGCCUGGGCUGGGAAAGGCAGAAUCGGGACUCGGCACUCCAAGGCCGAGUUUGCAGAGCGCCGCGGAAAAGAAUGACAAUGAGGGCAAAAUGAGCGAAAUAUUUCAUGGGAAAUACACUAAGAAAAAUGUCAUGUCUGGUUGUGUCCCGCUUGAAGGAGAGGAGGGGAAAGUGAGUGGUGAUGAUGACGAUGAAGACUUUCUUCGCCAUCCUGUGGAUCCUCCACGUUCGGCGUUGUUUCUCGUUCACGCCUCGGAUUUGGCCGCAGGUAAUCGCGGCUUACCAGUUACCGGGCAAGACACUUUCUCUUACCCUCCCAAGAAAGUCCCAACCUUCCCAGUCCCAGAGCCGUGGGGUUACCUUGGCCUGUGCAGAGCAAAACCCCGUCCUGGUGGUAUGGGACUAACGGCAUGGUGCCUCGCACCGCUCGUUCCAAUCAGAUCCCUUCCACUUUGA